AUGAUUCUGCGAGUGUGGAUUAUUAAUAUAAUAAAAGCAGAAAAUCCAGGGAAAUCUUUGAAAAGAGGAGUUAUCAUCACGGAUCUGAAAUUUGGUCACAGAGUUUUGAUUUAUGGAAACCAAGGACAGACAGUUGUUUAUUUUCACAACUCAAUUCGGACUCGAGAGGGUAUAAACAACUCAGUCCGGACUCAAGAGGGUAUAAACAACUCAGUUCGGGCUCAAAAGGGUAUAAAC